ACGCAACAUGUCAGAGAAAUGAACUAAUAAUUUUGAUGGACAAAUAAAUGAAAGAAGAAGCCUGAGUGAGGCUCCUGGGGAGAGGGGGUAGGUCGGUGCCCCAGGUGAGACCAGGGCUGUGCCAGGUCACAUCUGAGUGCCCCAACCUUCCCAGCCAAUGUGGCCUCCUCCGUGGCACCACCAGCAGCCAAAGAUAGAGUAAAAGCUGUUAUUUUAUGGAAAUUUAGAGGAAAUACAGGCUCUUGGGGCACUUCUUCCCACGGUGAGGGUUACAGCACACACUGCCCGGAUGGGUUUCACGCGGCAUCCACAGGAACGACCCCAAAGGAUGGAAAACCAUCACAACUCCUUUCUUUCCCUUUCUUUUCCAGUCGCAUCCAUGCCGGCGACCAACCAGGGCUGGCCCGAGUCCUUCGGGUUCCGGCUAAGCGGCUCCGGGCCGUGCUACGUGCUGUGGGUGCAGGAGGGCAGCAGCGCGGCGCUGGCGGGGCUGCGGCCGGGGGACGAGGUGCUGGAGCUGGAGGGGCAGCCCGUGUCCUCGCUGGGCCGCGAGGCGCUGCUGGGGCUGGCCCGGCGCUGCGGCAGCGUCCCCCCGAGCAUCGGCGUGGUGUCCCGCCUGCAGCGCGCCCGCAUCCCCCCCGGGCCCGGGGGAUGCUUCGGCUUCCAGCUGGCCGCUGAGAGCCCCCCGAGGGUGGCCAGCGUCAGCCCCGGGUCACCGGCAGCGGCCUGCGGGCUGGAACCGGGGGAUUACGUGCUGGAGGUGGACGGGAGGCCGGUGGAGCGGCCGGAGGCGGCGGCCGCGCUGCUGCGGAGGUGCCGCGGGCGCUGCCUCCGUCUGGCGCUGCUGCGGCCGCAGCGACGGGAGCCCCGGCCCGGCCCCGGUACCGGCACCGCCACCGGCACUGACACCGGCACCGGCACCGGCACCGCCACCGCACGCCAACACCGGAGGCAGCAGGCGCGGCAGUUCAGCAGGAAGGUGAGGCCGCGAUGUGCGGGGAGGGGACGGAGCGAUGGGCACCCCCCGAGCCGGGCGGGUUGGGGGUUCACACCUCCGCUCGGGCACGGCGCUGGGGUGCGGAUCAGGGGUGAGAACACCCGAGAAAAAGGUCCGGAUGGGUGCUGCAAAGGGCUGUUAUAAAUGAAAA